UGCAAGAACUUCUCGUCCUCGUUUAUAUGGACGUGACCCUCUUGGAUCUUGCCCUCUCACUUCACUAUCCUCUCUUUCUCCAUCUCCCUUGAGCUUUCAUUUCUCUCACAGAGAGAGAGAGAAAAGAGAGAGAGAGGGAAUCAUUCCACAAUCUGUCAUAUUCCUCCUAAAGCUUGAGAGAUCAGAUCUCGCAAAGCCCACCGACGACGAGAGCAAUGGCUGACAAGACGGUAGUAAUGGUCAUGAAGGUUGACCUGGGGUGCUAUCGCUGCUACAAGAAGAUCAAGAAAGUGAUCUGCAAAUUCCCUGAAAUCCGAGACCAAAGGUACGAUGAGAAGCAGAACAAGGUGCUAAUCAGUGUGGUAAGCUGUUGUCCUGAGAGAAUCCUUGAGAAAAUAGCCAGCAAAGGCGGAAAAACAGUGGAGAGCAUCGAGAUAAUCACCGAGAAGAAAGAUGGUGAGAAGAAAGAUGGUGAGAAGAAACAAGGCGAGAAGAAAGAAGGCGAGAAGAAGAAGGAUGGGGAUAAAAAAGAGGGCGAGAAGAAGAAGGAUGGGGAUAAAAAAGAGGGCGAAAAGAAGAAGGACGCCCCAGCUGCAGAAAAACCAAAAGACGGUGAGAAAAAGAAAGACGGAGGAGGAGAAAAGCCUAAAGGAGACGGCGACAAGAAGGAACCGCAAGUUCAGAAGUAUACGAUCGAGCCUGCUUCGGGAUAUCCCACGAUUUAUCCAGGCGGAAUGUACUACCAGCCGCCUCAGCCGUAUUACCAAGGAUACGGUGCCAUGCCAUACGGUGCCAUGCCAUACUCUCACGGGGUGCCGGCUUAUUACAGUGAGAGCAGUUAUGGUGUGAAUAGGGGCUAUAACACGAACCACCCGGACUACUUCAGUGAAGAGAACCCUGAGUCGUGCACAGUCAUGUGAUUGGAUCACGAAUGGGUUAGCGUUGUAUGUACAUGUUAACUUGCUAAAGGUUUUAUAUUUUAUCAGUUGUGCUUGGUUGGCGGAUCUGUCAAAUUUGGUGGAUAUUUGUAUUUGAUCAUUUGAGAGAGUAAAGGAACAGUAAGGUUUGGUGAGAAGGUCGAUGAUUUUAUGAUUCUGUUUGCAGAAAUAGGAUGAGUAGGUGGUUUGGUA